CGAAAGGGGGAAGAAACAGUGCGGAAGGAAUUUGUUGCGGAAGGCGUGGGAGAACGUUUUACUCGCUUUCUCUCCCCAAUUUAAUCGGUUCUUCUCUUCUCCUUUCCUCUCCUCUUCGAUCAUUUCCUCUUCUCGACGCGCGUUGAUCCGAUCGACGCUUCGUCGCGCGCACAAAAGAGAUCGUCGAUUCGUCACCUGAUUUAUAUUUGUCGUUCGUUAAUCAAACCCACUCGGCACUUUGUUGACCUUAGUGGGUCAUGAAGAAGAGGAUAUGGAAUUGUCAAUUCUCGUCAUCACUUUCUACCAUGAGCAGAUAAGGUUUUGAGGCUUUGCAAUAUUGAUCCUGGGUUUUGGAUUUCUAUCCCUAUGAGAUUGUGAUGUACAGGCAACAGGGGGUUCUAUUUGAAACUAUAUUUGAUUGGGCCUUCAACUAUUAUGUCUAGAAAGGGAUUUAAGUCAGGGUUGCACUAUAGAAUCCCGUAGGUAUCUCGUCUAUCUUGACUCACAAACAUUUGGCAUAGAUGAGGUCAAUUGCAUCAAUGAUGAUAGUCAUGGAUCAUUACAAAAAUCAUGUGAUGCUGCUGCAAUAAAGAUGGUUUUGAGGUUAAUUUCCUCUGGUUGUCUUCAUAAUUCUUUGUAAAAUCUGAAGGAGAAACAACUUUCAUAUCUAUCUACUGACUUGUUACAGUAAUUCAGACCUUGGAUCUAUCUGAUUCUUCACAUGUAUAUGCUUGUAUAGCAUAGCUGGAGCCAAUGGCUAAGGAAAGCAUUAAACUUUCAGGUCUCUCUUAGCAUAUCUUUAGGUGAACUAAAUGAAUUGUCCUGGAUGAACUAAUUUUGGCUGGCUUGUAGGCCAUGACAGUGGAAUGGCAAUAAAUGUUGAGGUUCUUCUUGUAGUUGUCAUGAUUUAUACUUUCUUCUGUUCGACUGGUGUAAGAAUCAACAUACAAGAAUUAUUAACAGGGCAGUGGAAGGGCAUAACAAGACCAGGUGAACUUGAAGAAAUGGAGACUUGUCUUGUAAAAGAUGUCUUUUGGAGUCUAUAGCUAAUUGUUUAUAACUCAGAGUGCAACAGGCCAUCAUAAUAUUAUUAUGUAAUAUUGCAUAAUUUUUUUUUUUGGGUGCUGCAAUCCAUUAGGAAGUAUCCUACUGGGCUAUCAUGUGAGCCACCACAUGAUGUCUGCUUGGACUUGCUUCAUAUAGAAGGCUGUUUUGUCUUCUUUGUUUAUGUAGAGGUGACAUACUGUACAAUGUAAAUGAGGUUUGUUACAGAAGUUUACUGAUAGAAGUUUGAAAUUUAAAUCUGCACAGUAGUAAUGUUCUUGGCAAGUUAUUUAAAUGAUCUUGAAAAUGGAUCUUCAAGGUAUUUCACACUUCCCAUGGUUCUGCCAGACAGCAUAGUCAAUAAUCAUAAUCUAGUCAGCCUUCAAAAUAGAGUAGCUGCUAAGACUCUUCUUUUUUUUUAUUAGCUGGACAUUUAUUAGAGCAUUAUCCUGCUAUUGUUCACAGCAAGUGUGGUGAUGAGGCCUAUCAAAGUACACAGUAUAUACUGACAUCAUUUAUGGGGAGUGUUAUCUUGAACGAAACUCAUGUUGAGAACUCAUAUUUGUUGUCUACUGACCAUUUCUGUUUUAUUCUUUCCAAGUUCCAAACAUUGACGGUCAUUCCAACUUUGUAUGCAUGGUAUGCACUGCUGUUGUUUGAUUUACUGAAGUUUAUCAUCAAAGAAACUCUUUGUCAAGAACUUAUGUCCUUUCUAGUCACCAUAUUUUAUUCUUCCCAAGUUCCAACAUUCACAAUGACAUUCCACCUAUAUAUAAAAUGUAUAUUAGACAGGUAAGUAUGAUUCAGUUACCAAGAACCUGUAUUUGAAGUUACAUUGUAAAGUAACACUAUCAUUCAUGAAUGAUAAUUACAUAUGUUUAUAGAAUCAACAUAAACAUAAACACUCUUAAAGUGACUUACUCCAUCCAGAUAACUAAUUUUAUCAUAUUUUUAUCUAACACUUCAAGCAGGACCAUAGAUACUAUGUGUAGUUUGUUACAUGACCUGGAGAAACUCUCAUAGGAUAAACAUAAUUAGACACAGCAAUAUUGAAACAAAAAUGUAAUAGUCACACAUAACUGAAACAGAAAUUUAUGUAUGGAAUAUUGGGUCGGAUAAUUUCAUAAAGGAUAAUUACAUAUGUUUAUAUGUGCACUCAUAAAAAUAACUAAUUCUAUCUAAACCACAGCCAUAGGAUAAUGAUCUAUUUGAACAUCAUUGAUUCCUAACCAUUCGUAGAUAUCGUCACUCCUAACCUUAAAUAACAUCACGGAACAAAAAAGGGCAGGGCAUAAAGUGGAAGCUUUAUAAGAGAGGCAUUCCAGAAGUGUAAUGAAGGAUUAAGGGGAAGGAAAAUCUAGAGAGGUAGAUGGAAAAAAGGUUUGAUGUCUGUCAUCUACCCACUAUAUUCACUAUAUUAUGCUGCUACCCGAUGAAAAGAUAGUCAUAUCUGGUUGUUGUUUGUCAUAGCUAUAUUCUCCACUAUUUCUUGUAGGAUGGAUGUGAAGGAUGAGUUAGAUUUGCCUGCCUUUUAGUAGUUACAGGAGGGAUGUACUUGGACUGGUUAAAUAAAUAUUUACAUAGUGGUUUCGCCUAAGCCUAUCAGAAUCCAAAUCAUAUACAGCAGCAUAGUUGAUUCCAUCAAUUAAUGAGACUGCAUAUAUGCCUAUGCAAUGUGAUGAAACCAUGCUGACGAGCAGACGCUUGUGUCUCUGCACCAACUGUAGACCACUUCUUUUAAUAUGAACUAUUUAAACAUUGACUAUGAACCUAUCAUUUUAUUUCUAGGCACACUUAUGAGAAAUGAUUAAGAUUUAUGAUUAGACGCAUUGAUUAUUUCUAGAAUGACAGGAUGCAUAUCAUUCACCCACACAUUCAAGCUAAUAUUGUUAAGUUAUAUAGGAGGAGAGAAGACUAUUUUUGAGCAACAAAACAGAUAACACAUAAAACAAAAAGCAAGUUCAGAGGUUGAUGGUUAUGCCACAAUGAAGUUAAGUUUAUUCAGUUUCUGGUCAGUUAUUUUCAUUGAGGUAGUAUGGACCAGAGGCACUCAAGUCAUCCAAGUCACAUGUACAAAACGGAUCGUGAGAGGAUGCAGAAUCAUCAGCGGCAUGAUCAUCAGUUGAACUUGGGAAAUUCUUCUAUGUUUCCAGUGGAAAAUACUGGAACCAAUGGAGUGAACCUGGUCACUCAUUUCAACCUUCAUUUGGGGCCAUAUAACCAUCAAUCAGGCAAUUUUCAUUGUCAGGUUCCAGCGAAUGUGCCAGCUAAUGCAGAAACAUCUUAUGAUGAAUAUACACAUUUUCCUUAUGGUGGAAUCAUUAGUCAACAUCCACAACAUACUAUGCAGCAUGGAUUUUUGCAUAACCAAUAUGCAAUGGGGGAUAUUAGGAGGAAUGCCAAUCCAUUCAUUCAAAUGGAGUAUGAACGAGCACCUUAUAAAAGAAAAGAUCCCGCAAACUUCAUGUUUCCUCAAAGGGAAAACAGAAACAAAUAUUACCAUGCUGGAAGUUCUUCCAAUGCAACAACUUCAACUGAAAUUUCACAGGCAAAACCUACUUAUGAUUCACAACGCUGGCCUUGUGAUCCUGCUAGCUUUAUUCAUAGUUGUAGUCAUGAUUCAUCAAAUUCUAGGAAUGCUUCUCAGAGAAACGUUAGGAGUCGGUAUGAUACAACUAUUCACUUGGAGAACAUCUCAUCUGGAAUCAGAUCAAGUACCAACUUAUCUCAUCAAGUUCAAUCAAUUACAAUUACUCCAAAUGCCAACAUGGGAGGCCAGUGGAAUCAUGACAUAUUUAUAAAUCCUAAUACGAGGUCCUCUUCUUCAGAAACCAGCUCCUUCAAUCAUGAUAUCAACCAUAGUUUUGUUGCAAACUGUGGCACCACUAACAAUAUGGACAUUAGUGGAGGCUACCGCUCCAUUCUGCCGAUGCAGUAUGGUGACUCAUCACGAGGUAGGAUGGUGUCUCUAAGUAUCCAUGAUCAGCGAACAGCUCACGGAGUGAAUCCUAGCUACAUGGCCAUGGAUUUAGCAAUAACACAAGAUUCCAGAUUGCAGAGAGUGGAAUCUGCUGUGCGCGCCAUGCGUCCAACUGCAUUGUCACUAGUUCAUCGGAAUAAUGGGAGAUAUGGAAGAACAAGUCGUUCUAACAGAGUCCUUUCAUUCUUGGACGAGGAUGCUUCUCGUAUUAGUCAGAUGGCCGAGGGAGUAGCUGUGAUGGAUCACUCUGCCUUUUACGAUCCAAUGCAUUUUAUUGAUCAACACCGAGGUAUGCGACUGGACAUAGACAACAUGAGCUAUGAGGAAUUGCUUGCUUUGGAGGAGAGAAUAGGCUAUGUGAGUGUCGGUUUAUCUGUAGAUGCCAUCAGAAGUUGCUUGAGGGAGACACUUUACUGCUCGGAUCAGACUGAAGAUGGCCAUGAAGAAGAUGGCUGCCCAAUAUGCCUGGAAGAAUAUAAAGAUCGCGAAAUUCUUGGGCAAUUGAACUGCAAACACAUUUUCCAUUCCAGUUGUGUAAAGAAGUGGCUGCUGAUCAAGAACAUCUGCCCGAUCUGCAAAGCCUCUGCUCUGGAAGACGCUUCAAAGGAAAAAUAGAAAUAAACAAUCACACACGAAAGGUCUUGAACAAUCGCACACAAAGUCUUCAUGUCGUCACAAUAACUUGUAAAUAUAACGUGUUGUACUUGCAGCAGCUUCUAAUGAAGCAUUCAUUCAGUGUAGGAACAUAGUAGUCUCCGUCACAGGGAAUUCUUGAAGUUGUUUUCUGAUUCAAAAGCUACAAGAACCAUGUAUUGCUCCUCUUUCUCCGGAGAUGUGGAGUGUAAACAAUAGGGCUAUGAUGAUGUCAGAAUUUCAUAA